AUUCCUUAAUUUUAAUUUCGUGCCAUUCGUUAUCCUCAGUAUUAUCUCCCUCCAAAACCGACCGCUCGAUCCAGCCCUCUCUCCCAUCUCCGCCGGUAGUUUAACUGAGGCCGGAAAAGCCCUACGCUCGCAGGGGCUUCUCACCUCACUCAUCUCUCCACAGCAAAGUUCAUCCCGUACCAAAAAAGAAGAUUGAAGGGGUUUAAAGAAUAAUUGGGAGUGAUGUCUGCAACGCUGUUGUCUUAUUGCAAUCCAAGUCUAGUUUGUAAUUACGGGAGGAUGGAUUUGAAACGCAUGGCUCUCGGACAUUUACGGUCUUUUGGAAGGAGAAACAAUGGCUAUCGCAAGCUUACAGUCUUUGCUGUUACUGAAGGUUCUGCAAAAUCAAGCGAGUCUGAAGAAACAAUUCCUUCUUGGGCCAAAUUGGAUUCAGAGGAGCCUCCACCUUGGGCAAAGGAAGAAGGCAAGGAAAUUGGAACCCAACAGGGAUUUCAGGUCCCUUUCUAUGUUUACUUGCUUGCCUCAUCUAUCACUGCAAUUGCUGCUAUAGGUUCCGUAUUUGAGUACGUGAACCAGAAGCCUGUCUUUGGAAUUAUAAAUUCAGACAGCAUAUUGUAUGCUCCAUUGCUUGGGUUUUUCGCACUUACUGGCAUUCCCACUGCUGCAUUCCUUUGGUUCAAAUCUGUUGAAGUUGCUAAUAAGGAAGCUGAGGAUCAGGACAGAAGGGAUGGUUACUUGUAGAAUAUUUAUCUCUAACACGAAUUUAUUGUUCUUUGGAAGUAACAAUGCUGUCUCCCCCUUGUUUUCUGUAUAUUCUCUAUGAUCAUGCUACUGUGCAACUGAUGUUAAUUAGACAGCUAUUGCUGUUCAAGAUUUUAAAUUUCUACAUAAAGAAUGUAUAUCAUAUAUUGUUUUUAUUUAAAUUGUAGACUGGUUUCCUUGAGAUGGAUGAAAUUAAGAAGCAAAGCAAUGGAGCACAAGACCAAAACAAAAGAGCAAGCAAAAAAUUGCAAAAGGGACAAUUUUAUAAAAUAUCUGGUAAUAGUUGAUUCGUUGAGAUGGACCGGGACCUACCUCCUUCCAGAAUCCCUCCUACACCUUUAGAAAUCUUCUUCUUUCUCUUUAGGCAAAUGUUCGAAGCGUUAGCCAAGAAAAGUAGCUUCUCAUACUCAUGAGUAUCUCCUUCAUUCAUGGUAUGAGGAGAAAUCUUACUUUGAAGCCAUCCCCACUCCUAAAGUUUGAACUAUAAAUUUCCAGAUCUUAAAGAGAAAGUGAUCCAAUUGAUUUGAUGGA